UGGCACGUUUGCUUCCCUACAUAUAUUUAUCCAAAUAUUGCAUUAUCGUAAAUAAUUAAGGUGUUAAAAUAGCGACCGCCUCGUAAAUUAAAGAAUAAAAAUUAGCGUAGCAGUCGUUUUCCUUCUAGUGUUUCCCACCGUCUAAGACUAGUCGUCUUCCCAAAUCCCAAAUCCCAAAUCCCAAUCCCAAUCCCAAUCCCAAUCCCAAUCCCAAUCCCCCUUCAUAUAAACACACAACACACAGAGUCGUCGCAGCUUGGGCUGUAGCUCUCCCUUAUUAUUUACUCCCUACAGGUAUAAUAAGUAGAGUAUAAUGUGUGUUUUAGACUUGAUUCUUGAUUUUCGGCCCGGAUGAAUUAAUUAAUGUGUUUAUAUUUGAUUCCCAGAUUAAUUAUUUGAAAGCUUGCAAUCAUGGUGAGUUCGGUGGUGUCGGAAUAUGGGCCGGCGUGGCUGAAAGCAAUGCUGGGGGGUGAAUACUUCAUGAACUGCGGGAUUCACGCGGAUUCAAACAAGAGCGAAUGCAACCUAUUCUGCUUGGACUGCAUGGGAAAUGCCUUGUGUUCAUACUGUUCCCUCCGCCACAAGGAUCACCGCCUUGUCCAAAUCCGCCGAUCUUCCUACCACAAUGUCGUCAGGGUCUCUGAAAUCCAGAGGUACAUCGACAUCUCCUGCAUUCAGACAUAUGUCAUUAACAGCGCCAAGAUUGUCUUCUUGAACCAACGCCCCCAGCCCAGACCCGGCAAAGGCAUCACCUUCACUUGCCAGAUCUGCCACCGCGGCCUUCCCGACUCCUUCCGCUUCUGCUCUCUCGGCUGCAAGAUGAAUGGAAUCAAGAGAGGUGAUAGGGAGCUCAGUUUUUCCCUUAAAAUCAAACAUGGGAGGGAAUUGAUGUAUGAUGAAGUGGAGUCAGAUUAUGAAGCUUCCACGCCUAGGAAGAUGCAGAGGGCUAAUUACAUGUUGGAGUCCAGUAGCUCAGGGGAGGAUGAUGUCGCUGCUGCUGCUGGAAACACCCUCUCUCCGGCCACUCCGCCCUUGUACAAUCAUACCAACUCCAGCCGUAGAAAAGGAGUACCGCACCGUGCACCAUUCUAGCUAUAUAUACAAAGGUUUGAUCAAAUAUUGUAAAAAUUUAUAGGUAGGUGACAACUAAAAUGUAUAGAUUUUUACUCUCUUGUUUUUGUAAAUAUAUACCACAGAUCAUAUGCAUAUCACAAUAUUAAAAUGAUUGCCUAA